CAGGGUGGACUUCGGUACGGGAGCAACAAGCAGAUUGCAGAAUAGGAAAUAAAUGUUUUAGAAAUGGCAUCGUCUCCACAAGGUAUAUACACUCGCCUCAAGACCAGAAUGAAAAAUGCAUAUUACACCGACAACACGGUCAAUAAUCUCGAGAACUUCAGAACUGAGGCUUCAGCCUUUCUAUCUGGUCCAGGUGAAUAUGAAGACCUCCCCUUUCUAAAGAUAUGUGAGAAUUUGGAAGGACACGGAGAUAUUGGCUGGGAUAAGCUCGAGAAUCUAAAAACACUUGUACAAAGUACGACUGGAGGAAAAGAGCAACUUCUUCAUAUGAUUAACGAGGCUGAAAGAGAAAUACAUGAGAGUUUGUCAGGUUUAGGGAGCCGUUUGCCACCGGAGAGGGAUGCACUGAAACCGAGAAUGAAAGGUGAGGAAAUGGUAGUGUAUAUGGAAAAAGAUGUGAUAAAGGAAGCUAAAAAAACAGACGAGGCCUACUACCAAUGUAUUGCCAAAGCUAUUGAAAUAGAAGUUAAAGGCAAAGCUGUUCCAUUAGAAGUGGAUUCGGAUGAGGAGAGAGGAAGCAAUAUCCAUGGAACACAUCGAUCUCACUCUUCAGCAUCUUCAGGAACAGGAGUGUCGCACAAUAAUAGAAACAGCAAAUCGAGCUCUCGUUCACAGGACAAGCACAGUUGUUCACCUGAAGAUAGGCAUCAAGGGAAACGAAACAGUAAAGAGCUGGCUAUUCAAAUAUUGAUGUCCAGUUGUCAAAUGAUGUUCACUAUUUACAAUUACAACGACGUCGCCAGACUGUCUUCGUUCAUAGAGGAUGCAUUUUAUGCAGCUACAGACGAAAAACAGCGAAUAGAUAAACUGACAUUUGAAAAAAAAUGUAUACAAGUUUUCAUUACAAUCAAAGCGGCAAACAGUCUGUCUGAGGCGCCUGCAGUCUGUCUAGCUGAACAGUUCAAGCACUAUAUAUUGGAUGUUGGAUUACAAGUAUCAGAAGAAUCAAAUGACAUUUUAGAAGUAGACGAAGCAAGCAUCAAAAUAACACCGGAGCACAUGCCUGAAGAUGGACUUCCACUCGUGAACAUUAGUCACCAACAGGGGGCUGUCCAACACAGCGAGUCAGUCAUCUUGCAAACAUAUAUCAUCGCAUCACCACCAGCUUUGUCAAUCGAGUGGUUUAAGAUAAAAGCUGAUGAUCACGAGAUUUCUAUUAAAAUAGACUGCAAAAAAUACUAUGGAUGCUCUGACCUGUCACCUUCUCUAAUCAUCCGAAAUGUCAAUGUUGAUGAUCAAGGAUGGUAUAUUUGCCGGGCUACAAAUAACAAUGGAACUGGAUGUAGCAAUAAAACGUUCGUCAGGAUAAGCAGUGAAUCAACACGAGCAGAAGACAAACCUGGAAAACUGGAAACAGAUAUAAGCAACAUCCCAGACUAUACAAUGACAGCACGUUCAGUAAAUAUGCCGAGAACAUAUGUAGACAAUGAAUCCAACCAAAGUCUGGGAAGGGUCGGAAUGCCAGUCGGGAGCACGCCUGUUUCAUCCGGGUCUUCCGCUAGUGGUGGCGGAGCAAGUUUCGGAGGAUCCAGUUCCGGGAGAUCAAGCUAUGGAGGAUCAUCAACAAAUACCUACGUAGACAAUGUGUACAACCGUAGCGUUGGAAGAGUGGGAAUGGAACAUGGAACAGCGGUGAUGUCAAAAUCCUCCUCCUCUUCAAUAUCGCAAAGCUCUUAUCCUAGAACAUACGUGGAUAAUGCCCAAAACAGGAGAGAAGGUUGGGUGGGAAUGGAGCAUAGAACGGCGUUGAUUUCAAGACCCUACUCCUCUUCAACAUCGAAAAGUUAUUCCUCUAAAACAUGCGUGGAUGAUGCCCAAAACAGGAGAGAAGGUUGGGUGGGAAUGGAGCAUGGAACGGCGGUGAUUUCAAGACCGUCCUCCUCUUCAACAUCGCAAAGCUCUUCUCCUAGAACAUACGUGGAUAAUGCCCAAAACAGGAGAGAAGUUAGGGUGGGAAAGGAGCAUGGAACAGCGGUGAUUUCAAAGAGUUCUUCACAGUCAUCUGGUGCAAGAGUAUAUGUUGAUAACCCCUUUAACCGGCGCUUAGGACGUGUUGGUUUGCCGCUCGGAUCUAUGUCUGUGUCACGUUCAUCAGGAAGGUCCGGUUCUAAGACGGGACCACCAGUCAACCGGAAGGAAAGCAGCAUGACACGUUGCGUUCGAGACUUGACAGAGAGAUAUUAUGAGCGACCAGAAGAAGAUAUGGACCUAGGACAUCUACAAGAAGAUUAUCGGUAUGUCGAGGAAGUUAGUGAACAGGCAGCGGACCUCAUCAACCGUAUGGAACAGGUCCGGUUAUGCCAACAGGAAUCGCAAAAGAGCAAAGAACCUUUGACGUCAUUUGAUCUUCUGAAAGGUUAUCGUGGUGAAAGAAUCGAAUUUGAUUAGCUGGAUAUGAGAAAAACGGUUGGCCAUGGAGGAUUCGGAGACGUCUAUUGCGCUAAAUGGAAGGGUACUGUAGUGGCUGUUAAGAAACUGCGGGUCCAGAGAAUAUCGAAGACACGAUUACAAGAGUUUACUUCGGAAGUGCAAGUCUUCUGUGCACUCGACCAUCCUAAAAUUGUCAAGUUCAUUGGCGCCUGUUGUGUGACCCCGAACAUCGCUAUCGUCAUGGAGUUCAUGGAAAGCUGUCUGUUUCAAAUACUUCACAUGUCUGCAGAUUCGGAUGCCACCCUUACAGAAGACAGCAAGCUGAGCAUCGUUAUUCAGAUAUCCCGUGGACUAGCAUACUUGCACGAGAAAAACAUCGCUCAUUGUGACAUCAAGUCCCGGAACGUCUUGAUGGAUUCCAGGGAGGGUGGUUACGUGGCGAAGAUUACUGACUUCGGGCUUAGCAUGAUGAGAAAUAGUUCCGAUGCGCAUGAUCAGGUGCGAAACAUCGGAACCGCUCGUUAUUCUGCCCCUGAAGUACUUCGUGGCGAGCUGUUAGACCGCAAGGCUAUGAUGAGAGCCGAUGUUUACUCUCUUGGUCUUGUGGUGUUCGAGAUCAUCUCCGAAGAUGAACCAUUUGAUUCCCUAAAUGCCAAACAAAUAGAACGUUGUGUAGGAAAUGGAGAGGAAAGACCUGUGUUUGGAUCUGACAUAGAUAAAAAUUUAGAGGAAAACGUCAAAAUAUGUUGGAGCCGGAAUCCGUUCCUCCGACCUUCUGCACCAAGUUUUCGUGAUUCUGUUGAAAAGUGGGAGUCUCUCUUCAUGUGACACUAAGACCAGCAUUGACAUUUUCUCUUGAAAGAUGACAUUUACUUACUUUGAAAAGAAUAAUGUGCGAGACGAACGCCGUCAGCAGUAUGGUUGUGGCUUUUUUUGUUGAAGCAUAUUCUGUUGUCAAUUGUUAUGCUAUGCUAUAUACACGAGGGUCGUUAAAUAACUAUUGUCACGAGUGUCAGGAUUUACAUGAAUGAAGUAUAUUGUUUGAUUUUCUAUUACAAUACUGUGAAGUAAUCCCCCUUAGCAGAAACGCACUUUCGCAAUCGCGCUAUCCAUGACGUAAAAACUGCGCGGUAAUCUCCCCUUGAUGUACUGGCGAGACGCUGGAAGAUUGCACUACAUAGAGCACUUAUAGAGGCAAUCGUUUCCAUGAAAGCAUUUAUUUUAAGUUAAAGAAUCAGAAAAAGUCACAGGGACAUAGAGCUGGUACACAGGGUGAAAAAUCAUUUGUGUUACUCUCUCUUUCUUCAAAAUGCCUGUACAAUAUUGUUUUUUUAGAUGAAAUAUUGUCGUGAACUAGUUUGACGCCAUUCAACUAUUACGCUUGUUAGGCUUCAGUACUUUGUCUCUAUACUUGCACGGUAUCGGAACCACAGGCCCACUAGAAUUGAAAAACAAACGGAAUAUAAAACGUACUUGGCGCUUGUGUAAAAUCAUUGCUUGUUAUUAAUGUGCCUUUGAGGUUCAAAGUAAAAGACCAAGGUCGUUUCCCUUGUAAUAAUCUCAGAUAGCUUUCUUGAGUCGCUAUAUCCGUAAUUUGACAAUAUUUUUUUCAGUGAAACUUAGUAUUGGAAACUGUAUAUAUGUUUUGAUAACAGCGCAUUUUAAACGUUUGGCCUUUUAUUCAGAUGUCAGCAAAUCAGGAAUCACUUGCAGCAAUGUUCUUCUUUGAUGCUGCAACAACUGACCUGAAUGGCCGUGUGUUCUUUUAAAUGUCAUCUUUACCAUUCUUGAUUUUUUUUUCAUCCACCUAAAGACAGUUCUCAAAUUUCGGGUAGAGGUACAUUUUUUUUGCAUGUAUCUGUUUUGGCGGUAUCUUUAAAGCAUCAUGUGUUUUGAUAUUGAAGUGUAUGUCGGAUUAAGUCGCAACCUUCAUUUAAGCAUUGAAACGUAGCCACUAGUGACCAGUUUAUACCCUUAAACAAUGAAUAACUUGAUCAGUUCUUGUCUGAUGAUGUGGAAAUAUCUCACUGUUCUUCAAAGGCUUGUGCAGUCUGCCAAUGCGCUAAACUCUUUUAAUUGCCAUAAUAUUGGAUCCGUCUGUUUAAAAUUCGGUCAAAUAUUUCUUUUUCUGAAAGAUUUUUCAAGCUCGUAAAUAUUCUGAGUUGUGUAAGAGAGCGUGUAUCCCACGAGUUGGUGAAAACAAAUUAUCAUUCACCGCAAAAGUAUUCAGGUGUAAUAGCAGUGUGGUUUGCUAUUCUUUGCGUUGUUUAAAUGAAGGGGAAAAAACUCCUUCUAUUUCUUGCAUUGUAUCAGAACCCGAUCCAUUGGUUACCCUCAGUGUCAAGGCCUCAAUUACAUCUGCAUUAUAUUAUAAUUGCGUAUUUUAACAGUAACUUUAUGGUCCAUUGUGGGUAUUGUGUCCAAGCUAAUUUCACUCGCUCCAAUAAAUUUAUUUAAUGAUAUAUAUUUGCACGUACUGACGUUUUAACAUAUUCCUUUUUACGGUAUAAGAUAAAGCUCAUUGAAAAGGGAACUAUAUUUUAUCCCCCCUAAUGCGAUUAUAAGACGUAUAUGAGUUAGUAUCAACUUUAUCUCUAUAAGAGAGGAUAUUUGAGGUAUUUUAACAGUAACUUUAUGGUCCAUUGUUGCUAUUAUGUCCAAGCUAAUUUCACUCGCUCCAAUAAUAUAUAUUUGCACGUACUGACGUUUUAACAUGUUCCUUCUACGGUAUAAGAUCAAUGUCGUUGAAAAGGGUACUAAAUUUUAUCCUCCCUUAUGCGAUUAUAAGAUGUAUAUAAGUUAGUAUCAACUUUUUCUCUCUAAUUGAGGAUAUUUGAGGUAUUUUAACAGUAACUUUAUGGUCCAUUGUUGCUAUUAUGUCCAAGCUAAUUUCACUCGCUCCAAUAAUAUAUAUUUGCACGUACUGACGUUUUAACAUGUUCCUUCUACGGUAUAAGAUCAAGGUCGUUGAAAAGGGUACUAAAUUUUAUCCCCCCUAAUGCGAUUAUAAGAUGUAUAUGAGUUAGUAUCAACUUUAUCUCUCUAAGUGAGGAUAUUUGAGGUAUUUUAACAGUAACUUUAUGGUCCAUUGUUGGUAUUAUGUCCAAGCUAAUUUCACUCGCUCCAAUGAUAUAUAUUUGCACGUACUGACGUUUUAACAUAUUCCUUCUACGGUAUAAGAUCAAUGUCGUUCAAAAGGGUACUAGAUUUUAUCCUCCCUUAUGCGAUUAUAAGACGUAUAUGAGUUAGUAUCAACUUUAUCUCUCUAAGAGAGCAUAUUUGAGGUAUUUUAUCAGUAACUUUAUGGUCCAUUUUUGGUAUUGUGUCCAAGCUAAUUUCAUUCGCUCCAAUAAUAUAUAUUUGCACGUACUGACGUUUUAACAUGUUCCUUCUACGGUAAAAGAUCAAGGUCGUUGAAAAGGGUACUAAAUUGUAUCCUCCCUAAUGCGAUUAUAAGAUGUAUAUGAGUUAUAUUAACUUUAUCUCUCUUAGUGAGGACAUUUGAGGUAUUUUAACAGUCACUUUAUGGUCCAUUGUUGGUAUUGUGUCCAAGCUAAUUUCACUCGCUCCAAUAAUAUAUAUUUGCACGUACUGACGUUUUAACAUAUUCCUUCUACAGUAUAGGAUUAAGGUCGUUGUAAAGGGUACUAUAUUUUACCCUCCCAAACCGAUUAUAAGACGUAUAUGAGUUAGUAUCAACUUUAUCUCUCUAAUUGAGGAUAUAAUUGAAUUGGACAUCAGCAAGCACGUAUCUUUGCACGCAUAAUCCUCUCUCAGUAGCACGUACAAUAGUAUAAAUGUGUAGCUCCGUAGUAUUGUCAGUGUUUGUUUGAGUCAUCUUUGAGUAAUGACGUACUAGUGUGUUAGGCUGAAAACGGUAAUAUUAAGGUUUUCACUGGAUAAUCUCUCGGAAUAUUAUAAUGCAGUGCUACUCAAGUAAUAUAUGCACGUGUCACGUGACGUUUUAGUACGGUGAUAUCAAAGUUGUUGGGUGUCUCGCGCCUUCAGACAUGUAAAGUAACGCGCGGGCGGUCACCCAUCCAGCUACUGACCACGCUGCUGAAAUAGUGAGCGUGUCCCCGGGUUGUACCGCAUCACUGGAAAAGCUAACUUGCCAGUAAGGCAGUACUUUCCCCACUAGCAUUCCUUGGCUGUAGUCUGUCUAUUUGUAUAUGCUAAUGUGGUAAGUUUUUGUAUGUAAGGCCACAAAAUAUAAAGGGUCAUGUCAAAAUUAUGACUAUCUUGCUCAUGGGUGUAUUCGCUGAGUGUUUAACACCUAUGCCUCUACGCAGGCGGCAAGGGUUCGAUCCCCAAAGUCAUCGUACGCAUUGAAACUCCAACAACCGAACUGGAAUAUAAAACCGUUCCAGGUGGGUGUUGUGUUAUCUGUACUGUAGCUAAAAGAUGCCGUUGGAAGCAAGGUCCCUCUACAAACAGAACCCAUUACAUCUCCAGCACACACGCAGGCAUACACACAUAUUGAGAUAUCAGCCAGGUGGCAUGGAACUAGUAGUUAGCGCCUUAUAAGGCAGAUCCAGCAAAUUUUUCAAAAUUGUAUUGAUUUAUGUAUUUUUUAAUGUAUUUGUUCAUUCUUUUGAUUGUAUUAAUUUCAUAUCUAUGUAAUGUGAAGUGCUUUAGCGUGGCUUAUUCUAGCUAGAUAGGAUGGAUGCUGUAU